UUCGUUGAAUUUGCGAUAUGUGUCUUUAUCUAAACAAUUCAAACAUAAAUAUAUACUUAAGAGACCGGACAAUUGCUUCAAUUUCAUACUCGUAAACCUGCUAGUGUAUUAGCCGAUCAUCAAUCUUUCAAAAUGUGCCCAUCCAAACUUCUCGUUUCGUUUGCGUUCGUCUUCAUAGUUGCCCUCGCUCAUUUUGCAACAGCAAAACCAUCAGUGUCAUCUGAUGUCGUCCUCGAUGAAGAACCAGUAGAAACAGUUGAUAAUCAGAAAAUACCAGAGCCGAUUGUUGGUGGUCUUUAUGGGGCCCCGAUGGAUGUAAAUGAAAUCUUUUUCGGAAAUCUUGGAAAAUGUGCUAAGCGGGGUGAAUUCUGCGAUGAAAAUAGAAAAUGUUGUCGCCGUCUCAAAUGUACACCCUUUUAUCGUAGUCCAUCGAUCUGCUGGAGAUGAAGCUGAAAAUCGAUUAUUUUUUGUCUGCUUGUACAUAAUUUUUGUCUCUCUAAUUUUUUAAACCAAAUAUUUUUCUAAAUUUUCUAAAUAAAAAAAUUGUAAGCACCCAA